AUGGUUUUCCCCUUCACGUUCAAGCUCUCUGUCCCCGGCAUCACGAACCCCUUCUCCGGCAACAACGCAGAAGAUGGCGGAGCGGAUCUCCCGCCGGGACACCAGCCCAAUCCAGCAGCCGGGCGCACUGAGAAGAUUCAGAUCACUCGUCGCCGCCCUUCCCCCGCCCCCUCAGACCAUCUGUCAGCCCCCACGUCGAGGAAGAGGGGUUGGGACCCCGCGUUCGCAUCACCGUCCGCGUCAGCGACGACGCUCGCGUCCCCCAGUGGCUACCUCGACACGCCCGCCAAGUACCGAGAUCAGCUCGCAUCGAUGACGGAACAGGAUAUGCGCGAGAUAGAAGAACUGACGGCAGCGGCUGUAGGUAUGUGCAUCACUACCCUCCUUCCUGUCUAUGAGAACCUGUCCUCUUCGCGUACGCAGCGCCAGGCUCGGUCCAUGCGCGCUGCACGUGCGACGCGAUAUAGGCACCCUCCAAUAUUCAUUGUCCUCAAGCACCUUCCACCCCCACCCAAGCGUCGUCGCGGUCUCGCUGGCUCGAUCGUCUCCACAGCGCUCAGCGCAGCACUCAUCGGCACUGCAGUCGGUUUGACCGUGUACCGAAUGUGGCGUGACCGCGGCAAAGACUCCCCCGAGCAGCAAAUCGCACCCCCUCCCUACCACGAAGGCGAAUGGGAGCCCGCGUCUCAAGAGCGUCAGAGCAACGAGCGGCCCAAGGGCGUCUAUGUCACUCCUCCGACUCCACGCAGUCGCAAGCCGCGCGCCAUCCCUGCCUCCACUCGCCGACACGCUCAUCCUCGUCGCGCCCACGUCCGCCAUGCCAUCACCCCACCCCCGCGCGCCGUGCCCAUGCCCGUUGCCUCCAGCUCCGUCGCCGCAUUCCCCGAACCUCAGCCUGAGUUCGACUUCAGCUCCAACCAUCAUGAGGAGCAGCCUGAGGAUCCGGACGAUCAGAUGGACUGGAUUGGCGAAAAGCUCUCUGCGCUCAUUGCCGAGGGACAAAAGGCACUCGGCCGCGAAGUCGUCGUCAUGAGCGAGGCUCAAGAAGACGAGGUCGACGACGGUAGUGGCCAAUGGGAGGACGAGGAGCCCGUUGCCCCGCGCGCCAGCUCAUCCCGUCGAGGUAGCAUCCGCGGCCGCCUGCCUCCGCCCUCGUACGCCGCUUCCUCCUACCAAUCGCGUCCCACGUCCCGUAGCAGCUCGCGGGGUCACGGCUUGCCGUCGGCGCCGUCGAUGCCCGGCAUGGAGUUCGGCGUGCGGGAGGAGACGACGUUCGAGAGCCCGGAGCUGCGCGCGAGCAUGGAGGCGGCGCGGGCGCGUUAUAUGCGAAACCGAGCAGGAGUGGCCUGA